AUCACAUCGCCCAGUGGAACCUGCGUACCGCUCGCCAGCGACCUCAAUGAUAAGGUCAGCUCCGCAGGACCUGACCAGGGAAGCUUGUGUUACUUCUUCGUUAACGCAAACUGCGAUGACACUGGAGACUUCUUCCAUGUUGAAUACCCCGGUGUUGCUGAUUUGUCGAAGACACCUGUCAAUGGCCCGACUGGAAGCACGAGGAACUUUGAGGACAAGCUUAGCAGUUAUCGAUGCACCUCUGUGUAA